UGGAUUUGCUUAUUUGCUGGUUCAGACAUCUGCUUGAGACAUCUGCUUCGCAGUGCAUUAGUAGAUGCUACAUGCAAGUCUACCUUGCUGUGUUUCAAAGAUGCCUCAUACUUCCAUGUGGUUUGCACAAUAGCCUGAUCUUGAUUUGCAUUGCUUCUCUAAUGGUCAAAAGUUUUCUAGUUUUGGUGCUGCAAAACCUGUUGUACUCUAUCUUAGAGGAACCAUUUUGGCUUCCCUGUGUUCGACAUGUUGAAAACUGCACUUCUAACAUCAGUUUCUGGUUCUGUAUGACUGAAAUGUGCCAGUGACUGAGAAUUGUCUUAGGAAUGAGGUGGGGGGGGGCAGAGGAUGUUAAGUAAUAAAGGCACUAAAACCUAAGUAGUUGGAGCUUCUGAACGUGAAGAUCUAUAGAACUCAUUCUUCAAAUAAGCAUUCUUAAAAUGUUUGUCACCAGAUGAAGUAAACAUUGCAUUGAAAACAACACUGCCUCCUGAAAACUUGCCUGCUCUGAUAAGGAAAAGUUGAGUUUGGGGUGGAGUGGUUUUCCCCUCCCAUUUUCUGAUUACAGCUGAACCUAUUCCAGAAAGUCAAUGCUAAUGAGUUGUACUUUCUACUUUAACCUCUUUUCCCCCAGUAUAUAAGAACUUGUUUGGCUUGUGAAACCGAUCACUUGGACCACACGAAACCUUGAACUGAAAUCUCUGAUGAACACAUGUCAGUUUUAGACAAGUGGAGAAAAGCCUGAUCCUUGGCUGAGUGAAGCUGUGUGCUUGUAGUUGCCUGGCCCAAGACCAUUCCCUUUGAGUUAGCUGUUCCCUUGAGCCUGUUGGUGUCUCCUGUGUCUUCUGCAUAGUCACCUUUGGUGUCCUUUGCCAGACACUAUUGAUAGUUUCCUGCCCAGAGUUUCUGUGGCACCUCCUGGCAGACGGCCAAGCAGAUGGUUGCCCUUUUCCCUCCUGUGCUGUAGCUGCCACCCACAGUGACCUGUGUGGCUUCCAGGGCUGUUGCAGAGGUGGCUGGUUCUGCAGCCCUGCAGACUUUCCUUGGUUUUGCAGAUCUUUUCAACUGGAGAGGCCUGUGUCCUUGUCUUAGUUAUGUUGGUGUCACUUUUUGGGGUAUAGAAAUAACACUUUUUUUUCUGGCUUGCACAUCCUGACGGGGAGGGAGGACUUCAGGAGAUUCCUGGAGAAAAGGGAGCAGUUCUGUGCAGCAGAACAUGUCUGCUUAGGGAAAUAUGAGUGAGGUGAUUUAUUCUUUUUUGUUUCCUGAGAGAGAAAUAUGUUUAAGGGCAGUUUAAAGGGAUUCGGAAUUUUAGAUGUGAGAUGGCUUCAGAAAGGAUUUGUUUUGAGCUGCCUCUGUCAACUGCCUCUCAAUACAGCAUGCUGUAACACUGCCUUCUGCAUUGUCAGCAAGGAAAAAGUGAUCAGAAGAACUGCCAGCAAAGGAGCAAUUACACUAUUCACCACCAGUUCAUCAGAAUUCAAUCUUUGAACAAGUAAGGAUGCCAGACAAAUUAGUCUACCACAUACUACUGUCCCACUUGAAUUCAUAAAGUAUAUGGGAGAAGGUAGAAAAGACACUCGUUUUUCAAGUCUAUGACUUUAAAAUACUCAUGACUCCAGUACUGUAGAUAUGACUCUUCUGCAUAGCAAACUGGUUACUCAUAUCUACAGUGGUGUAGAUAUGACUCUUCUGCAUAGUAAAUGCAUUUUAGACAAGCACUAAACCUAAGAGGUUUGGCACUAACCAAAAGGUUAGUGAAAUACUGAUCAUCAGUAACAACCCCCAUUCUCCAUGAUGAGAUAUUGUCAUGAUUCCAGUAUAAUAAAGAGGAGCUGUGUAUGUGCUGAUUUCUGUUUCAGUAGAUCAAUAUUGUGACGUGAGUAUGCUUAGCCAAGUUGCACGCUAAAUAUAGAUUGAAAGGGGCAGUCUGUUUCAUAGCUAUCUUUAUGGGUACUGCAGAACUCGACAGGUUCCUAAAGGAUUAAAAGUAGAGAGAGGAACUGCAGAACAAGUUUCCUUCACAUGAUUUUCACUGGCUGAUUUCUUCCAUACUGGCACAUUACCUGAAUGUAAUUAUGUUAGAUAAUGGAGAGGGCUUCCUUGGAAUUUAACCUGCCUGAUACUCACGAAGAAGGAAAACUUUAUGUAGUUGAUUCCCUAAACAAUCUAAACAAGCUAAAUGUUUGUCCAGUUGAAUCCCAACAUUCACCAGAUGAGGAAGAGAACACUGGUGGUACUGAAGAAAAUAUGGCAGGGAACAACACAAGAAACCAGUUCUUGUUCUUCGUUACCUUUAUUCUUACUUUGACCAUCAGUUUGGCACUUGUUUCAUUUGUAAUAUUCUUAAUAUUUCAAACUAGAAAUGAAGUGGACCAAAUAUCAAGCAGACUACUAUCUGAAAAGAAGAACAUAGAAGAGCUGAAGAAACUUAACAAUAUUAUAUUAAAGCACCUGAAUCAAUCCAGAAUUAUGGAAAAGCCUUCUGAUCUUCAUUAUUACUUCUUUACCCAUGCUGAGCUCAAAGUCCCUGGAGAAUAGAUCUUCUUUGGAAAGAAAUUCAACAUGUUCAUAACUCAGAUAUUUUCACAUAUGGCACACAGAUUGCUGAAACAUUGCUGGAAAAGCCAGAUGAAUGAAAAAUUUUAUCAAAUAGUAUUUUAUCCUGUUUUACGUGGACACAGAUUUGUAAUACUAAGCCCAUAUGAUUCAUGAUAAACAAUGGAUUGUCAGUUUGGGGCAAGACAUCCAGAUUCCCUGUGCACAGUAAAUCACAGGGGUAAGGGCUUAGUUUUACUUUAAAUGUAAGUGAAUGACCACAGAAAAUCACGAGUUCUGUUCAUGUGAUUCUGGCAUUACCUUGUUCACUUAAUCAUUCUGCUGUUACCUUUGUACAAGCUUUCUGUUUAUUUCUAUUAUUAUGUGUAUUUAAGGAUAACUUCAGAUUUCAUAACUUAUAAAGAAAUCCAUUUCUGGUCUAGAGUUUUGUGGUUUUCUCUUCUGUGAAUCUAAGCAUACUGAUAUACUACUCUUCUUGUGAAAAAAAAAGCAAACAACAACCAAACAAAAAAAACCCCUCAGACUUGAAUAACAUCAAACCCUUUCAUAAGAUGCCAUAAUAAGCCCAGAUUUUUAUUGACAGAGUGAGUUGCCUAUUGCCUUACCUGGAAAAUGUGUUUAGAGGACUCAGUCUGGAAAUGUCACAGCAUUAUCACCACCAUUCUAUCUCAUAGCAAUGCCAACACACUGUACUCACAAUUUGCAGGUGAAG